CGCCCGGUCCUCUCACUCGAAGACUCCUCUGUCCUCUCUCGCUUCGCUUCCAAGCCCGCCCCUCCCAAUGGCGACGCAACCGCUUACCUCACCGCGGCGCCGCCCACGCGCCUGAGCGAGACCGCCCCCCACCCCUACCGACCGCGCGCGCCCUGCAGGCGCAUGGCGGCGCCGGGGCUGGACCAGGUCAUGGCGUUCCUCACCGACCACGGCUUCGCGGGCGCCGCGUCCGCGCUCCGCGACGACGUCCUCGAGCGCGCCGCCGCCGGGGAGGGCGCCCGCCACGCGGCAUUAGAUCCCCAGCUCCCGCCGCUCCGGAUGCCCGGCUCCGCCUCCGCCUCAGGCGGCGGCGGCGGCGCUAGCACGCCGGCGCCCGCGAGCCCCGGCUCCAGCUCCGGCUCGGCGUCCUCGUCCGCUUUCGUCAGCAUGCGCUCCACGCCCUCAGGGCUGUUGAACCCCUAUGGGCUAUGGUCGCCGCGGCACUCGCAGUCGGACGCGUCGUCAUCGGAGAUGGAGUUUGGUACUGCGCGCCAGUACGACACCACCGACCUCUUCUUCCAAGAGGGUUGGCUCUACGACGACCACCUCUUCCCUAGCAAGCUGGACGAUGAGGACGACGAAGGCAAAGAGGAGGACAAGUUUGUACUCGGGGCUCACGAUGGCUCAGAACAGGUAGAAAUAGGCAAGCUUGGUGCAGGCCACAGCCACCGUCACGAACACAUCGGCAGUGACCGCUGUGAGGGGUGCGCUGAGGUGUACACAUGCUCAUCGCCACUCUGUGGUUGCUGCGGAGGGGGACUCAAGAUUGACGGGCUUGAGGUAGCCAGGAGCUCAAGCUCCACCGUGUACGGGAGAUACCAGAUCAUGGAUGACCAGACAGAGAUACUGGAUGAUUGUGCCCAGGAUGGGUUUCAGUUCAAGCAGAGUGGAGAUGUGGCGCUUGAGUGCGAUAUGUCGAGGGAUCCUGGGCAAGGAGAUGAUGAUUCAGAGCUGAGUGUUGUGGAGAAGGAGCUUCAAAUGCUCAGUUCAUUUGAUAAUGAUGCUGUUGCGAAUCAUGGUGUACAUGAUUUCACGGACAAGGGUGAGCUUGAUGAUAGCAGUGAAAAAAAUCUGAAAAGCAGCAGUUAUAAAGAAUAUCUGAAAGAAGGUCAUAGGGUACAACCUUUCCCUGAAAGUGGUGAUGAUGCAUAUGAGUUUCAAAAUAUUGGGCCGUUAAAUUCAGAUAUUCAACAUUCAACUGCUCUUAAAGCUGAGGAAGAUCUAGAGACAAAUAUUGAUCUUGCUCUCUCUAAUUUUCACCGAGAAUAUGAGGUAUUUGAAUUGAGAAUUAUCCACCGCAAGAACAGGACUGGCUUUGAAGAAAACAAAGAUUUUCCUAUCGUCUUGAAUUCAGUUAUUGCUGGAAGAUAUUAUGUCACCGAAUAUCUAGGGUCGGCUGCAUUCAGCAAGGUCGUGCAAGCACAUGAUCUUCAGACAGGAAUGGACGUUUGCCUUAAAAUAAUUAAAAAUGAUAAGGACUUCUUCGACCAAAGUUUGGAUGAGAUAAAACUCCUGAAGUUUGUGAACAAAUAUGAUCCACUAGACGAGCACCAUGUAUUGCGCCUCUAUGACUACUUCUACCAUCAGGAACACCUCUUUAUCGUCACUGAACUAUUACGAGCAAAUCUUUAUGAGUUUCAGAAAUAUAAUCAGGAAUCUGGUGGUGAGGUGUAUUUUACUUUGCCUAGGAUACAGGUUAUAGCUCGGCAAUGCUUAGAUGCGUUGGUUUACUUGCACCAUUUGAAUAUCAUUCAUUGUGACUUGAAGCCAGAGAAUAUUCUUAUCAAAAGCUACAGCAGAUGUGAAAUUAAAGUCAUUGAUCUGGGAAGUAGUUGCUUCUUGACAGAUAACUUAUGCCUCUAUGUCCAAUCACGCUCAUAUCGAGCUCCUGAGGUCAUUCUGGGCCUACCAUAUGAUCAGAGGAUUGAUAUUUGGUCUCUUGGUUGCAUCCUUGCUGAACUAUACACUGGUGAGGUAUUAUUUCCUAAUGAGCCUGUGCCCAUGAUGCUUACUCAAAUGAUUGGUAUAAUCGGUCCAAUCGACAUGGAAAUGCUAGAACUGGGACAGGAGACGCAGAAGUAUUUCACUGAUGAUUAUGAUCUUUUUAUCAAGAAUGAGGAGACAGAUCAGCUAGAGUACUUGAUCCCGGAGAAAUCCUCCUUGCGACGACACUUGCAAUGUCCUGAUUCAGAAUUUGUUGAUUUUCUAUCCUAUUUGUUGCAAAUAAACCCCAGGAAAAGACCAACAGCCGAUGAAGCACUACAGCAUCCAUGGCUUUCUUUUGCGUACUAACGAGAAGCCGUCCGUUGCUUCUACUUUGGGACAGCUUUCUUCACACAUAAGGAUGAGUCUGUGUUUCUCCUAAUUUGGAGCCUUCGUAAAGUUCCUGAGAAAUUUCGUUUCCCUUAACAUGAAACAUUACUCUUUUCCUUUUGCUGUAGAAGCCCUUUGUGGUUACAGGAUUCCUUCUUUCUUUCUUUCUUUUUUUUUGUCUUCAGGGUAAUUCUCGGCGUGGAACCCCUGCCCUGUGAGUGAUUCCUGAGUGUACCAGUGUAUGUAAAUAUCAGAAAUUUUCCACGGUGUGUAUCUGUACAGUUGAAAGCCCACCCUUGUACUCCAUCUGAUUCGUUAAUGAUAACAUGAGAAAAUACUGUCCAAGGUUUCAUCA